AUGAGCUCGGAGUUGCCGGUGAUGGUGUCCAGAAACGUGCUCCUCGAUAUCCUGGCCAGACUGUACAACCCGUCGCAUGCCUUCAUCUUCCCGGCUACAAGGGCGUGCAAGUCUAAGCCCCUGACGUUUGACAUCAUCAUCUGGACCACGGCGUUAGUUGUCGUCCAUUCGAAGCCGACCGUUGUGGAUCGCGAUGACAUCCGGGCUCAGCAUCCCGAUCAUUUCGUAGACCACCUUGCCGCUGGAGACAGUCCCGUAGAUCGAGCACGCUCUCAGCAGCAUAACUCGUUCUUAAAGCUCGGUAAGGUCCCGGUUCUGCGGUUGGAAUUGUCAGCGUUCACAUUUGACAUCAACUUCGUUGGGAUCGGGAUGGUCAAGUCAACUAGUGAUUACACGAUCGCGGCCCUCAUUAUCCACGUCAACUUUCGCCAAAAUCUCAGCCGGGGUGGGAAUGGUCAAAAUGGUGUGCAAUACUAUCCUGUUCUUUCCGCGCGCUAUCCUGGACCCUACCACAUGACACCCAGCCAUCUAAGAUUCACUCAGUCCAUCUACCUGGAUGGUACUCGCACUAGCGUUCAGAUCCGCGUUCUGACGCGCAGCGGGUUUUGUAGAGCUAUGCGCAGAAUCAUGCUGAGCAUGCUGCAUACACAACUGAAGUACAUAACCCAGCACACAUCCAAUAUGCAGCUCUCGGUGUCGGUCAAAAAGAACGGCGUCAUGUGCGUCCUGGACGGCUUUCCUGCGUGGGGUAGGGACUCAUUUGCAAUGUCCAACUAG